ACACCUCCAGUAAUUGUGGUUAGAAAUUGUCUGCAUUGGUCUGACCGCACACCAGCUGUGAGAUUUUAACUGAGGCAUCGCCACACACCUGGUCAUCUCUAAGCCUCUUGUAGACCUGCAGAGUCUUGGUGGGCUCAAAGAGUGGGCCAUGCAUCACCAAGCAAAGGAAGAAAGGGAUCUUCCCAAACUGGAAGGGAAUGAGGAAGCCCCCAUGUCAGCUUCCACUGAAGCCUUGGACAGUCCCUCCUCUGAGACUCUGGGAGCUCAGGCUGAGCAGGCCCAAGCUACCCAGACCCCCGACCCCCGCAGAGGAUGUGGGUUUAUCUGUCAGCCCUGGUGUCUGCUCCUUGCACUGACUCUACUCCUGCUUUCUCUCCUUGGCAGCUGGGCAGUGGUCCACCUCACCUUGGGGACUCACGGAGGAUCGCCUUUUCGGAUCUCGGCCAGCUACGAUCAGCGGAUCCCACAGGAUGAUACGGCUACCAUCGAGCCACACUUCACCACCAACUGCACCAUGGCAUCCUCCCCUGGCCCUAACAUCACUCUGGAGGGCCAGUACCACUGUCACCAAGGCCCUGCGAUCCCACUGGAUAAACUGUGCGACUUCAAUACGGACUGUCCGCACGGCGACGAUGAAGGCCACCUCUGUCGACGCUUUCUCAAUGGCAGCUACUGCUCCUUUGAAGAGGGAGAGUGCAGUUGGCAGUCAAUAUCCAGCCACGGUCUCUCCUGGAGAAGACUUCAGUCACCAGCCAAAGCAACCCGGCAGAGCUGCCAGUCAUCAGGUGCUACGUUCACGGUGGAGGGAGGCCAAGGUAAAGGUCAGCGCAGCUCAGCGCUGAGGAGUCCUCUGUUCGCUCCUCCUCUAAGAAACUCCCCCUGCACGGUGCGAUUCUGGCUGUGUUCUGGAGGCUUACAGAAGGGGUCGCUGUCACUGUGGAUCACGGAGAACAGUACAGGAUCUAGAGAGCGGCGCCAACUGUGGCAUUCAGCCAGCGAACCCAAAUCUGAAAGAGGCUGGAAACUCAUUGUACUUCCCCUUUACGGGUUGGCAGACUGGUUCUGGCUCCAGUUCAACACAGAAGAUGGGCCUGGACCCGGUUCAGCCAUCUCUCUGGACAACAUCUCUUUCAGUAUGGACUGCUUCUUGGCAUCUAAUGGGGAGUUUCCACCAGUGGUCACCAGCACAACGAGGCUGCCGUUUAGACCACCUAAUAAGACUUCCCCUCCAUCCAUUAGCCAUUCAGCGAUCAUCCCCACCUCAGAUUACUGUAAGUAUGAGCCUGAUAUCCACAUUUAA